UUUUUUGCAAUUACACACUGGCGCAGAACAUAACGAAGAGAUCAGGGCACUCAAGAUAAGAGCUGGAUAGUAAAACUUAUUGGUUCUUCGUAUGAUUGCUGUUAUUGUUUUAUGUCUACAAAUUUAAUUAACAGUAAAGAAGUAUUAGAAAAGGAUGUGCAAAUUGGAUAUAUACUUGGUAUGAAAAAUUAAAAUGAUUUCAUCGAUUUCAUUCUCAUAGGAAAAACUCCGUGCUUAUCUAUGCGAUAAAAAUAUAAAUUAUACAGCAAAGUGUAAACAGUCCCAAUAUGAAUUCCACAUUAAAUGAAACUGUGUUAUCGAUCGGCACUGUGCUCAAAACUAGUACAGAUACGGAACUGGGAAUGGCCAUUCCAGAUUAUGAUAAAUCACAUUCUGGAAAUUCAGAAAGCCUGCGUUUUAUAUUCAUUCCAUUGGCCGUGCUAAUUACUGUGAUGCUUCUUUCGAUAAUGGUUUAUCUGAUGGCACGGAAAAAGGAUAAAAUAUUCUCAAAGCGUUCCUACGUACCCAGCUAUUCAUUUGAUUCAUCUGAUCUGGAGGACAAUGAGGAUCUAGAAACAGAACAUUUACUGAAGGGUAAACUGCUACUGGAUGAGCCUUAUUUCAAGGGAGUUAACAAUUGUAAAAUGUACUCAAGUAACACUGAGUUGUACACCUAAAAGCUUGUAGGAAUAAUUUAUUCUUCCGUUUUGCCAUACCCUUGUUAAGUUUGUGCAUUUAGCGCUAGCAUUAAAAAAAAUCUAUGUAUUCGCAUUCCAGUCAAGCAUACACCAAAAAGUAAUACUUAUUUGUUAUAGAUUUAUUAAUAUUUUCCGAUCAAUAUUUUGAUCACUAUUCUUGUUAUAUUUAAAACACUUUGGCUUCAGUAAAAAGUAAGUCCUAAUUAUUCCA